AUGACUACCAUGACAAAUACAAUAAAUGGAUCUAAUCUUGAUUUAUCUAUUCCUGAUUUAAUUGCUAAAAAACGUGAUGGUCAUGAACUUGAUGCUGAAGAAAUCAAACAAUUCAUUAGUGGACUUUCAAAUGGUGAUGUUCAAGAUUGUCAUGUUGGAGCUAUGCUUAUGGCUAUUUUUAUUCGAGGUAUGACUGAAAAUGAAAUUUGUUCAUUGACAAUGAGUAUGCGAGAUAGUGGUGAACGUUUAAAAUGGCCAGAAUAUCGUGGUUCAGUUGUUGAUAAACAUUCAACAGGUGGUAUUGGUGAUAAAAUAAGUAUUCCAUUAGCACCAGCACUUGCUGCAUGUGAAUUAAAAGUACCCAUGAUGGCAGGAAGAGGUUUAGGUAUAACUGGUGGUACAUUAGAUAAACUUGAAUCGAUACCAGGUUAUCAAACACAAUUAACAGAUGAACAAAUUGUUGAACAAAUAACAACAAUUGGUUGUGGUAUUUUUUCUCAAUCACUUAAACUUAAUCCAGCUGAUCGUUAUUUAUAUGCUAUUCGUGAUGUAACAGCAACUGUACCAAAUAAUGCACUCAUCGUAUCAUCAAUUUUAUCAAAAAAAUCUAUUGAAGAUCUUGAUGCACUUGUUCUUGAUGUUAAAUAUGGUUCAUCAGCAUUUAUGAAAACAGCUGAACAAGCUGAAGUUUUAGCUGCAUGGUUAUUUAAAGUAUCGGAAAUGCUUGGAAUGAGAACAUGUUGUUAUAUUACGGAAAUGAAUAAUCCUAUUGGAUUUUCUAUUGGUAAUGCAAUUGAAAUACAAGAAUCUAUAGAUCUUAUGAAAUACAAACCAGGUCAUUCAACUGAUCUCGAACAAUUAGUAUGUGAACAAGGUGGUCGACUUCUUGUACUUGUAAAUAAAGCUGAAACAAUUGAACAAGGUCGAGAAAUGAUUCGUGAAACAUUUAAAAAUGGUAGUGCUUUAAAAAAAUUUCAUGAUAUGAUCAUUGGUCAAGGUGUGUCUAAGACAAUUGCUGCACAAUUAAUCAGUGAUGAUGAAACAGCAGUUCGAUCAAUUUUAAAACUUGCUCAUGUACAACAUCGAGCUAUAGCAUUACAAACAGGUUUUAUUCAAUCUAUUGAUUCAUUUAAACUCGGUACAAUUGUUCAACGUCUCGGUGGUGGUCGAUUAAAAUCAACAGACAAAAUUGAUUAUUCGAUUGGUAUUCAUUUAUUGAAACAUGUUGGUGAUGAAAUAAAAACAAAUGAACCAUGGGCUAUUUUAUAUGCAAAUGACGAUACAUCGAAACGUUAUCCAAAAUUUUUAGAUGAUCUUAAUACAGCACUUCAUAUUAGUUCAACACCAGUUGGACCUUUACAACGUAUUCAUAAAAUUUUAUGCUAA